GAAAGAUGCUGUGACGGAUUCAUGCGGGACGAAAGCACUCAUAACUGUAUAGCUUGUCCAGAUGGUUUCAUUGGCAGAAACUGCGAGAAAGCUUGCAUAUACCCGAACUAUGGAAAAGAAUGUCAGUUCUAUUGUAAAUGUGGCGAAGCACUGUGUAAUGUAUCAGUUGGAUGUGUUCAAGCAACAACAAUUAUUUUACCAGUACUUGAGAGCACGACCUAUGAGAGUUCCAGACGGAUGAUCCUUUCAACACACGUAAAAGUGGUCAAACAAACAACAACUAGACCAGUUGUCUUAUAUCCGGAUAAAUAUCAUGGAACCGCAGAGCAGCAUCUCCCAUUGAUAACAGUGAAUGUCGCCACACACCGUGACGAAACAAACAAACCCGAAACAAAAAUCCAUGCAUCAUAUCAUCACCAUCGUAAUAAAACUGAAUAUGUAAUAAAAGCAAUCAUAUUUGCUCUAUUUGGAAUAGCUGUUGUGUUGUUGCUGACAAUUUUUUAUGUUUACAUUCGUCAAAAAAUGCACGAAGCUCGAUCGUUUUAGUUGGA